AUGUCUUCGGACACAGAAAUUUCAGGUGGCGAAGACUUUGAAGGAUUCGAUCCUGAAGAAGUCCAGGACACACAACAAAACCAUAUAGCAAUACUGGGAUGUCAGGGAACAGGGGAUGAUGAUAUCAGCGUUGUAGGGGAAGUGGACAGUGAUCCCCAUGACUUAGAGGCAGAGGUUGGUCCUGGGGGCGAUGCAGACGAUGAGUGGCACACAGGGUUCAAAUACUUCGAGGGCUUCCGUUUUUGUUUACACCAAGGGUUCAACCGCCGUGGUCUCCAGAGAGAUAUUAUGCAGAAAAGGCCAGAGGGAGUAUUACGUAGAGGAGAUAUGGCCUUCAGGCAAAAAGGGCCUCUUCUAGCUGUUGUCUGGAAGGACAAAAAGUGUGUUACUGCUCUGUCAACAAUACAUGAUGAAACAACAGCAGAGGUACAACGCCUAGUGAAACAGGAGGAUGGUACUUUUGUUAGGGAGAACUUUCGCUGCCUAAAGGUCAUUGCUGACUACACUUCCCAUAUUGGAGGUGUAGACAAAGCAGAUCAUUAUAUGCAAUACUAUGCUUUCAGUCAUAAAUCCAGGAAAUGGACUAUGAAGGUUUUCUUCGGGAUUCUGGAGAUAAUUAAGCUUACUGCUUAUCAGCUGUUCCUCCAGAGUCCAAGCCACCAACCAGGACAAGGCAAACAGCAGCUUUCUUUCCUGCAGUGCACACAGAGUGUGAUGAGGGGUUUGGUGGAUGGAUUCACCUCCACUGUCAGGAAAGGAAGGCCAUCUCUGUUGUUAUUGGAUGAACGACUGACACAACGCCAUCUCCCUGGAACACUACAGUCACGAUCAUGGUGCCAUGUAUGCUACAUGCGUUGUAAGAGUGGACUGCAAGACAAGGCCAGCCAAACUAAAUUUAGCUGUAUAGAAUGCAGGGAACAUAUAUGCCUCCCCACUUGUUUCUCUCUGUAUCAUUCUCAAGCAAAGUACUUCUAG